GAAUAAUCCUUUUUUUUUUAUUCUAUUUAUUCUAUAAUGGAACAGCAAAUAACAAUCCCAAUUAUAUACUGGACAACAUGGUUCAAUACAAAUCAAUGGGAAGGUUAUACCAUCGACAAUUGUAACUUGAAUUAUACAUGUAAAAUAACACAUGACAGAACCAAACUAGUUGACUCGUCUGUUGUUAUAUUUCAUGCUUCAGACAUGGAUGAUACUAUGCCCUCACAGACAAAAAAUCGAGCGUGGGUUUAUCAUAAUGCAGAGGCACCUAAAUAUCAGCCUACAAUCAUUAAUCAGAUGCAAUACAGUAUGACAUAUCGACUCGAUUCCGAUUUCCCUUGGGGGUAUUUCGAAAAACGUAGUUUACUUGAAGUGAUGGAAACUACUUUGAAUAAAACAAGAAAAAUGAAAGUGCCAAUUGCAUGGAUUGUUUCGAAUUGUAAAGCUUCAAAUUAUAGACACCAUUAUGUCCGAGAAUUAAAUAAAUGGAUUGAUAUAGAUAUUUAUGGCCACUGUAUGAAUAAUAUUGAGUUUCCAGAGAAUACAAGCACUAUUGAACUUAUAUCUCGAUAUCACUUUUAUCUUGCACUUGAAAAUUCGAAUUGUAAAGACUAUGUAACAGAGAAAUUAAGUCAUGCGUAUAUGGCAGGUGUUAUACCUAUUGUUGAUGGCCCAAGUAAUUACGGUCCAUUCAUUCCUAACACACACUCUGUAAUCCGUUUAGAUGAUUUUAAGAGUCCUAAAGAAUUAGCUUUGUAUCUAAACCAGGUUUUAAGUCAGAAAGAUCUGUAUGAUAGUUAUUUGGACUAUCGUAAACCGGGAGGUGUUUCGAAUGAAUUUAAAGAAACAUUAAAUAUCUAUGAACAGGGACAAUGUCGUUUAUGUCAAUUAGCUCAUGAUCGUUAUAUGAAGCUUCCUUAUAGUUAUUAUCCCGGUAAAAAAAUCUAUUUAGACAAUACAUGUGAAAGACGUAAACAUUUCAAUUUCAAACAAACAGAUAUUUGGAAAUUUUAUCUCCCAUUUUUUAUAUUUAUUUUAUUACCAGUUCUCCUUGUAGUAAAGAAGAAGAGUAGAUUUACCAGAAAAAAGAAAUAAAUAAAAUAAAAUAAAUUACAUUUUCGACUUGUAUUACGUGUAUCAACGUUCACAAAAGGC